CCUGCAAGUUGAAACAUUGGAAUUGCAUUGAGGAAAAGCUUAUAAAACUAUCAGUGAGGAAAUCCGGAAAACACCGAACUGAAGGUCAGUGCGCAACCUUGCUCCCGGGUCGCAUAAUAGAAGCCAAUCGAGGAACUUCGGCAAACCUCGGAAGGUUGUUACGCUCAACAACCUAUUUCUGAAAAGACAUUUGGAGAGGAUACAUUUAACGAUUUAUUUGACAAACAUGUCGACAGCGUAUGAGGACCGCGAAAUCUCUGCACCACGAGUUGGGAGAUUUAAAGUACACAUUCAGGGAAAUCUGAAGCACUGUCACUUUGUGGUCCUCACAGUGCAUGAUUUAGGAUGCAACCACACCAUGUGGAAGGGUUUCCUUGCCCACAAUUCUAUGGAGGAAGUGGUCCGGCGUGCAGCAUUCAUCCACAUCGAUGUCCCAGGUCAGGAGGAUGAUGCAGCAAACCUACCUGAAGAGUAUCCUCGCCGGAAAGAUUCUGGACUGUCAAUUUGUUACAAGUUUCCGAGCAUGCAGAGUCUGGGCGAGGAUCUGGUGUGUGUCCUAGACCAGCUGGGUGUGAAGCAGGUGUUAGGCCUAGGAGAAGGAGCUGGAGCAAAUAUUGUGGCCCGAUUUGCUAUGGCCCAGCCUGACCGAUGCCUUGGAGUGUGUCUGAUUCACUGUACUGGAACAACGGCUGGUUUCAUGGAGUCAAUCAAGGACAAGUUCAUUUCCUGGAAGCUUGACCAUGUAGGCAUGAACCCUACAGCUGAAACCUACCUCGUCCUUCACCGCUUUGGAUCGGAAGUGUUUGACAAAGCAAGCAGCAAAGAUGAAAUCAAUAAAAUUGUGAAUACAUUCCUUGAUACACUGCGCUCAAAGAUCAACCCUCAUAAUCUGCAGCGAUUUGUACAUUCUUUCAUGAAACGUUCCAACAUUGCUGAUCACCUGUCGAGUCUCAAGUGCCGAGUACUGACUGUGACAGGUUCCAAAGCUUCCUUCAACCACACCGUGCAUACCCUCUUUGGUCAUAUGACCCAGCAGCUAGAUAAGAAUAUGGCGGAUUUGCUGGAGUUUGAUGGAGUGGCCAAUGUGAUAGAAGAAAGGCCGGAGAAAUUGGCUGAGUCUUUCAUCUACUUUGCUCAAGGCCUUGGAGUCAUGGGUGGAGUUCCAAUGCCUCGAGUCCGUCGUAGCUCCAGCACUGAACAAAACUUGCCCAAGCAGCGAAGCAUGUCUAUGGAGGAGUGUGACCGUCCAACGGGAAUCUAUUCCUCAUCACCCUCCAGACUCAGCACCAGCCCCAAGUCUAGCCCACUUUCCACCAGUCCACCCCAAAACUGAACUUGAUCCUCUGUUAAUUUUCUGAAGAUGACUAUGGCUCUCUGGAUGUUUUAGUCACAAAGUGACCUCCCUUUGUUGGCCAGUGUUACCAGAUAGGUGGCACUGUACCGAAUGACUCUCAUAGGCCUCACUUAUUUACAAUGUUGUUACCAUGGCAACUGUCAUGCACUUAGCUACACCUUUAGAGGGAUGUUCACUGCUUCACAAACAUAUGUGUGAUAGAAAUGAGGAAGAGGCUUGGAUUUCCCCAGUUGUGUCGAUUGAAAGAAAUUUGGCUUAUCAAUAGCAGGUGAUGGUAUAACUGUACAAAACAGAAGUUUUGUAAAAUUAUGAUGAUUUGCUUUAUAAUAUCCAUGGACAGACUUUGAAGGAGAUACUUAUGGGUCCUCCAGAUUUUCUUUACGUCUCAUUCCAAAAAUUAAACUUUGAACUGGUCUGAAUGUACAGUGUAUCUCUUACAGAACCACAGGUGUACAUUUCUCAAAGGGUUUUGAGUUUUAAAGCGAUUUUUCUACUUUAUAUAUGCUGCAGUAAAGAUUUGGAGGUGAUGAAGGAACAACCAAACCAUCUACAGCUGUGUGUCUAUUUGACAAAGAUGCCAUGUUGAAAAAUAGAAUACAAACUGAUACUUCAUGAAUUUUGUGUUUAAAUGUGUGUAUAUCUGAUGCUGGUGAGAUCAAAAUCAGAGUAUGUCCAAAACCACUUGUUAAAUUGGAAAUUAAUGGUGGAUUUUAACAGCUUUUACAUCAUUAAAUGUGCAUAUCUGAUGUCAGGAAAAACCCAUUGUAGAAAGUCAUGUGGCUGCUGACAAUGACAUAAUACAGCACUAUGCAGUUUUAGAACCCAAGAUGUAAGUGUUUUGUGUGGUGUCAUAAACAAGCAUUUGUGACCACUGUAUGAUCUUAAUAUCAUUUUUUUUUUUUUUUUUUAUGUUUUUCUCUUUUUUUUCUUGUGACAACCACAACGAUCGGUUCACUUAGGGUAAAUUUAUCAAUGUAUAUAUACUGCACUGAAGUAGAGAUUUACUCCACAACUCAAAGCUGUGGCUCAUGAUCAAUAUCUACUAAAAUACACCUUCAAAUCACUUACUGGCCCUGUGAAACACUACAAACAAAAAAAAUACAUUUAUAUUGCAAAAUGAAAUAGUAGAGCUUCAUGAAAGAUUAUUUUUUCUAACAUUAACAUUUAUAGUGGAGUUUAUUUUCAAGGCAUAAUGCUAUCAGAAUAUAUCAACUCAUUCAUAUUUAAUGCUACUCCAAAUGCAUAUUGCUUUUUCAUAAAAAAAGUUUCAUCAAGAUAUAGCCAUUUAUAGAAGUAUUAGAAAUGUAAAAGGGAAUUAAUAUGUUUAAAGGUUUUAUUUUGUAGUUGAUCUGGUUCUGUACUAUAUAUGUAUGUAGCUAUUCUGAUGCUAUUGAUAAAAAAAAUUUCAAUUUUCCCAGCAAAACAACUUAAGGCAGUCAUUUAGGAAUGGCCCCAGUCUAUUGAGGUAAAGUGUAUUACUAACAGUUGUACGCGAGACCGAGUGUCAGGUAGGUAACCAAGACAUUUACUUACAUAAAAAUUACACUGAAGUAUGGUUAACAACAGAACAGUUUAGAACAGAGAAUAAGGUAACCUAUAGGAAUGGCCCCAGUCUAUUGAGGUAAAGUGUAUUACUAACAGUUGUACGCGAGACUGAGUGUCAGGUAGGUAACCUAUAGGAAUGGCCCCAGUCUAUUGAGGUAAAGUGUAUUACUAACAGUUGUACGCGAGACCGAGUAACAGGUAGGUAACCUAUAGGAAUGGCCCCAGUCUAUUGAGGUAAAGUGUAUUACUAACAGCUGUAAGGGAGACCGAGUAUCAGGUAGGUAACCUAUAGGAAUGGCCCCAGUCUAUUGAGGUAAAGUGUAUUACUAACAGCUGUAUGCGAGACUGAGUAACAGGUAGGUAACCUAUAGGAAUGGUCCCAGUCUAUUGAGGUAAAGUGUAUUACUAACAGUUGUAAAGGAGACCGAGUGUCAGGUCAAGUUUCCCCCCAAUUUUCUACGUUAUCAUGUUUCUCCCUGGUUAAUUUCUGUAGUUCUAGGUAUGGAUGACUGGGAAAGUCUAUUUUUCAUUAGUGGUGCUUUCAUGGUUUCAUUGUUCAGUCCUUCUUCAGAAUGUGAAACAAAAAACAUGCCUGAACAUAAGUUUUUACGUCAGAUAUUUUUAAUUUGAUAAUAGAUAUUGGUAACUGGGUAAAACUUUCAAUGUUUGCUAUUAUUUGGCACUUUGACAAAUUCUCAUCAUCCUUAUCUUAUUCAUACAUGUAUAUGCCAUAUUUGUUACAAGGCAUUGCAAUCAUUAUUGAAAAAAAACAAUGAUUAAAUAAAUAAAAGAUAAAGAAAAAGAAAGAAAAGAUUUUAUUCAGUGAAUCAUCAUUUUGGAAAUACAUGUAUAACUUUUAAGCUUUUUAAAUUAUAUAACAGUGAGAGUCCUCGUAAAGUUUCAUAAUUUAAGUCCAUUGAAUGAACAAAUUUUAAGUGGACUUUGUUGGUGUUGAAUAAUAUCAAGACGCAUCAGAAUUGCCCUGUUCAGAAAGUAACAUUUUGUCCAAUCUAUCUUGUACCAGGGUUUUAGGUCUAGUCAUAAACCUGAAGUAAUAGCCCUUCUUGUGCCUUUUUGCUAAGAAAUAUUAAAGAUAGAAUUGUUUAUUUUCCUGAUAAAAUUAUAAUUAAGAUCUUCUAUAUUUACUGAAAUACACUUUUAAGAGGUCUGAAAGUAUAUUUGUCCUCUUGAAAAGCAAAUUGGGUGCUGUUGGCAGAACUCUGAUAAUUUCAAGUGAAGUAGGUUUACAGACUGUUGAAUUUAGUACUGAAAUACAAGCUGUUCAUGAAAGUUUUUACAACCCUUAUUCUACUUGUGAUGUGUAUAAAAAGACUUCCCAAAAUGUUUGUCUUAAGAUAUACAACGGUAUUUUGAAAUGAAAACUUCUCAAAUGCUAAAACUUCUAAUAAUUAAUUAUCGAAAUGGUAAUUAUGUUAGGCAGUAGCAUUAAAGUAUGGUUCCAAUUUUCAAUCUUUCUCACAAAUGUCAGAAUACAGAGGAAUUUUUUUCAUGAUGUAUAUAGCUUUCCUUACAUUAAGACCAUGUUUUAGUAUUUUAUUUUUUGAGACAAAUGUGUAGUUUUUAUAUACCCUUAAUUAGUAUUUUAUGUUUUUAUUCCAUACUUACUCCUCAGCAUUUUCUCCGUGUCACAUCAUGACACACUUGUACAGAUAGUCACUCACAGAUUCCUAUUGAAGAUUGUACACUCAAUUCAAAUCAGAGUUACAUGCAGCUACAACAUAUAUUUUCUGUUUACACUUUUAUCCUGGUAUUGCUUUACUUGAAUGCUCAGUAUUUGCAUUUUUUGUGGAAGUUUGAGUCACAAUGUAUGGGGACCUAUAUUUACAACCAUUAAUUAGAUUAACUGUCAGGCAGAUUCCUGGUUAAAACAAACAAUGAUUGAUAUCAUCAACACUAUUACAGGUAAUGUUCUCUAUACAUGUAUGGAUAUCAACACUAUUACAGGCAAUGUUCUCUAUACAUGUAUGGAUAUCAACACUAUUACAGGUAAUGUUCUCUAUACAUGUAUGGAUAUCAACACUAUUACAGGUAAUGUUCUCUAUACAUGUAUGGAUAUCAACACUAUUACAGGUAAUGUUCUCUAUACAUGUAUGGAUAUCAACACGAUUACAGGUAAUGUUCUCUAUACAUGUAUGGAUAUCAACACUAUUACAGGUAAUGUUCUCUAUACAUGUAUGGAUAUCAACACUAUUACAGGUAAUGUUCUCUAUACAUGUAUGGAUAUCAACACGAUUACAGGUAAUGUUCUCUAUACAUGUAUGGAUAUCAACACGAUUACAGGUAAUGUUCUCUAUACAUGUAUGGAUAUCAACACUAUUACAGGUAAUGUUCUCUAUACAUGUAUGGAUAUCAACACUAUUACAGGUAAUGUUCUCUAUACAUGUAUGGAUAUCAACACUAUUACAGGUAAUGUUCUCUAUACAUGUAUGGAUAUCAACACGAUUACAGGUAAUGUUCUCUAUACAUGUAUGGAUAUCAACACUAUUACAGGUAAUGUUCUCUAUACAUGUAUGGAUAUCAACACUAUUACAGGUAAUGUUCUCUAUACAUGUAUGGAUAUCAACACGAUUACAGGUAAUGUUCUCUAUACAUGUAUGGAUAUCAACACUAUUACAGGUAAUGUUCUCUAUACAUGUAUAGGGACAAAACAAGAUUGGCAUGGGGUAGAUAUGUGUUAUGUUAGUAAGCUUUUGAUAAAUUAAUGGUUAAUUAAAGUACCUGGGUAAUUGUUUUGGAAAUAGGAGCUUAUUGAGAAUUUUAUAUUGCUCCCAGUCACGUUAUUUGUUUAUAUAUUUAAAAUCAUCACAGAUGUUUCAGAAAAACAUAAAACACAUAUUUUUGUUAACGCAAAUUAAGUCUCCAUGCAAGCUUUUUUUAAAUAGUCCAAUUGAAUUAUCUCAAACUACAUAUAUUACAGCCUUGUAUACAGUCAAACUUGAAAAAAUGGUAAUUACCUUGAGCUUUGAAUUUUAGAAGACCUAAAUUUACCUUACAUUUAUCUUUUGUAAAAUAGAAAAAAAAAUCUAGUCAUGUAUAUUAUGUUGAAUAGUGCCUACUGGUAUUUUGAUAUUCAGAUAUAUGUUUAACUGUGUGUGCCAUAUUCAUAUUAUUUCAGCCACAGCAAUCAUAUCUUAAUUUCUACUCAUCCAAUACAUUUGUAUUGUAUUUUGAAGUGCAGUCUGAUCAAAGUAGCAAUUGCAUUUAUUUUUAGAUAAUAAAAAUACCUUUCUUUUCUGUUUCAAAUCUUGAAGUUUGUAUAUUUUUUUGUAAUAAAAAAAAGCAAAUAAGUAUGGAAAGUUACCUUUGUGAAAGAAAGAUUGUAUAAAAUGUUAAUAAGUUAAGUUAAAUAUGACUACCAUGUUGAAGAUUGAAAACUGUUUAAAUACAUUGAGGUCAGUAAGGACAUUUUAUGUCACCAGUGACCAAUGGUUUUGUUUAUAAAACCUUCUGAGUACAACAUUAUGAUGGCAAUAUAUUAAAUGAAUGUUUUGACAAAACCACUUUUUACAAUAAUUCAUCUCAUAUGAGGUGGAUACAGAUUUUCUAUGAUAUUGAUAUUAACCAACUUGAGGAAGAGCUUCUAGUAAGGAUACAUAGCCAACAGUUAGUGGAGAUCACCCGUUAUGCAAUACGUCUGACACAUUUUUAUCCCAUUUUAUAAGGAACUUAUGAUGUUAUAUAUUUGAUUUACAUGUAGUGUUAUUCGGAAUAAUGUGGGUGAAUGGUUGUUUUUAUUUCCCUGAGUUUUACUAACCUGAUGUACGACAUGUGGAUGUGUUUGUGUUGUGUCCUGUGUACACAGCCACUUGGCUCUGCUAGGCGGCACCUGCCACGUCCUAGGGUAGUAACAGCUAUGUACACUGUAAUAAACCGUUAUAUAUUC